AUGGGCCCAACAAACACUGCUACCAAAGUUCUCCAAUUAGCAACGCAGGGACGCAAGCACACCUACAAUGGAGCACCCAUAGGGGGACACAUCUUGAGGAACCAUCGUUACUGCACGAGGAGGACCGGAGAACCCCCGUUAAUAAAUGGUUGGAUUCCUUUCAUUGGGAAGGCCUUAACUUUUAGGAAAGAUGCUUUCAAAUUCUUGAUAUCUCAGCAACGAAAAUUUGGAGAUAUUUUCACUGUACACAUUGCUGGUAGAUAUAUUACCUUUAUCAUGGACCCAUUCCAGUAUGUUUAUGUGAUCAGAAAUAGCAAGCAACUUGAAUUUUAUGAAUUUGCUGAUAAAAUGGCAUCAAGAACUUUUGGCUAUCCCUCUUUGUCAAAUUUCCCAAAUCUAAACGAAAAUCUGCAUCGAAUUUACCAAUACCUGCAAGGCAAGCCUUUGGACAUAAUUUCUGACCACAUGAUGAAAAAUCUCCAGCAUAUAUUUGAAUGGAAAUGCUCACAAGCAACAGAUUGGAAAACAGAAAAAAUGUACAAGUUCUGCAGCUUUCUAAUGUUUGAAGCCAGUUUUAUAACACUAUAUGGAAGAGAUCCUGCUGCAGAUGGCCACAAUGUUAUUAGUGAAAUCAGAGACAAAUUUACCAAGUUUGAUGCCAACUUUCCCUAUUUAGCUGCAAACAUACCAAUUGAGUUGCUAGGAGUUACCAAGAAGGUUCGGAAGGAGCUUAUACAUCAUUUUUUACUUCGGAACAUGGCAAAAUGGAUGGGAGGGUCAGAAGUGAUCCAAGCCAGAAAAGAUACAUUAGAGAAAUAUGAGCUGCUCCAAGAUUAUGACAAAGCAGCACAUCAUUUUGCCUUCCUGUGGGCCUCUGUGGGAAACACGAUUCCAGCUACAUUCUGGGCCAUGUAUUAUCUUCUGCGGCACCCAGAAGCUUUUGCAGUGGUGCGUGACGAAAUUGACCAUUUGCUGCAGUCAACAGGUCAAAAGAAAGGGCCUGGAUAUACCAUCCACCUCACCAGAGAACAAUUGGACAACCUAGUCUACCUAGAGAGUGCUUUAAACGAGAGUUUACGAAUGUGCUCGUCUUCCAUGAACAUUCGGAUCAGCCAAGAGGAUUAUAUUCUCAAACUUGGAGGAAAUCAGGAAGUCAGUUUGAGGAAAGGAGACUGGAUAGCUCUUUACCCUCAAAUUUUGCACAUGGACCCUGAGGUCUAUGAAGAUCCUGAGGUGUAUACGUUUGAUCGUUAUAUAGAGAAUGGCAAGAAGAAAACCACCUUCUACAAGGGGGGAAGAAAGCUGAAACACUUUCUGAUGCCUUUUGGCUCUGGAAUCAGCAUGUGUCCUGGCAGGUUCUUUGCAAUGAAUGAAAUGAAGCUGUUUCUGAUUUUAUUCUUGGCUCACUUUGACAUAGAACUAGUGGAAAAGAAGCCCAUAGGGCUCAACAACAGUCGUAUGGGCCUUGGUAUCCUCUUGCCAGACUCUGAUAUUGCCUUUCGUUACAAGAUAAGGUCUUUUUAG